GCUGCUUGUGGUUGUUUACAUUCUUUGAGUGGUCCAGCUAGCUAAUUGGCGAAUAGGAUAGAUGGCAGCUUCUCGCAAAUGACGAGUGACAGUUGAUCAGGUUUUUAUAUUUAUUCACGCUUUCAUUCUUUUUUUUCCUCUUUGUUGUCGUUCGGGUCAUGGCUUUAGCUCGGUGCUGGUGCUGUUUUGGGGUAAUGCUACCGCUCGUCCUGCUGCGGUGGCCGGGGCUGCUGGUCGCGGCGGAGCAGGUCGCUCUGGUGGAGGUUUACCUGGAGCAGCGGCCCGGUGUCAGCGCUGUGCUCCAAGGGGAGGUGGUGGAGUCCGGCAGGGAAAGCAGCAGGAGCUCCGAGCACCAGGACGAGGACCAAGAAGAGCUGGAGGGAGAGCUGGUCCUGGUUCAGAAUGAGGAGACACAGGUGAACGGAGGAAAAGAUGAGGACGACACCAAAGAGCAGGAGCUGUGGAUAGGGGUGGUGCCUGUAGAGAUAGAUGAAAACAAAGCUUCCACUGGGAACCAAGAGUCCUUCGCUGAUGCAAUGGUCAACAGAAUGAAGCGAGCAUUGGUCCUCGGAGCAUCUGCCCUGAUCAUUCUCGCUCUCAACCAAAACACAGUCAGUGAGAUGGAUCUGUCCCAGGUGUUGUCCAAGCCCAUUAUUGUGAUCCAGACAUCUGAAAAUGUCACCAAGCUGAUCGGAGCUCUACUGAGGGGUCUUCAAGCCACAGCAAAAAUCACAUACAAGACGAUCCUGCAGGACAACCUGGGAGCCACGCUCACGCUGUGGUCCAGCUGCGGCCGAUCGAGAGGAGGUCGCUACGGAGAGUGGCAGGGGGUCAUCUGCACGGGGGAGACCAACUCUCAAGUCCAGAAGUACCUGCAACAGCUGUGGGACACGGUCCUCCUGGUGGCUCUGAUCAUCAGCACCGGGGUCAUCGUUCAGGCCCGCUGGCAGCACCAGGACCAGCAGCUCAACGACGACCUGGAGCUCUUUCCUAAACAGGACGUCCUGAAGAGAAUGUCGUCCCUGAAGACCAAGACGUAUCUCCAGCCCAAACCCUGGUGCGACCCGUCCCAGUCUGUGGAGGCGGACAACUGUGCCGUGUGUCUGGAGCCGUUCAACAACAACCAGUGUCUGCGGGUGCUGCCCUGUCUGCACGAGUACCACAGAGAGUGUGUGGACCCCUGGCUGCUGCUGCACCACACCUGUCCCCUGUGCAAACGCAGCAUCCUCUGCAGUGUCCGCAGAGACAGUUAACGGUUAUUCCGCCUCCAUGGCCGCUGCCACAGCAGCAGCUCUGGGAACCACGCCUCUUCCUCAGUGACACUCAAGUAGCUGUUUUUUUCUCUCCAAACCUUGCCACUUCCUCCUUCAAGCAAUGGAUUGUGGGACAUAAAGACUCAACAGCAGUUUGCUGCUAUCUGGACUGUGGAGGGGUCGGAUUCUGACAUCUUUCCUCAGCAUGGGUGCAGUCAGGAAGAAAAACAGACAGUAGUGUUAACACAAUAAUAGGAAGUACUGUUGUGUGUAAACAGUACCACUUCCUGGGAUCAUGUUACUGUAUAUUUGUGGGAAUAUCUGUCUGUGUUUGUGAUCUACAGCAGUGCAGAUAAUGUGCUCUUGACACACAAACCACUUCUGCUGUGUUUCUGCAGACAGCAGAGCAACAAGACAUCUGUCGAUGAAAUGCUUCAUGGGUUAAGCAGGGACGCAUCGAUGGACCGUGUUAAUGUUCUCUUUAGGUCCAAAUGAUGUCAACAACCAACAUAUUUAAUGAGUGUAAAUGUGAUGUUAUCUAGUGUCAAAACGUCGCUUCUAAAUAAUGAGGUUGUGUAGCAGAUGUGGAAAAAUGGGUUUGCACUUGUCCUUAUGCCUUAUGACUGAAGUGCAGCAGACCUCAAACGCAAUCCUUAAUGAUACUCUUACUUUUAGUGAUGAUUAAAAACGUUAUUUUAACGUUAUGUAUCUGCUAUUAUGCUUUUCAGACAGUUUGCGUUAAGAAGUCAUUAACAGUUUAGGUCUGAGGGUCAAACAGGUCACUGUCUCUCAUCUCAUACAUGAGGAAAGAGGAGUCCAUGUUUAACACAGCUAGCCUGUACGCUAAAUCAAAGCUACAUUUGAGUUUGAUGAAGUCGUAAACACGUUGUACUGUAAAAGAAAGUAAACCACUCAAACGCGAAGGAUUAGUCUUAUAUUAUUUAUUUUAGAUUAUUGGUUUUUACAAUGUCAACUUCAAAUAGCCUCUGUACGGCACGUGCUUCCAUAACAUCCUGAUGAUCUUCUUACGCUGUAUUAUUUUGAAGGCUGGACAACAGUGGUCUGUAGAUGUUUGCACUUGAACGUUACACGCAGCCAGCUUUGACACGCUGCUGACCCAGGAUGAGUAUUCAGAGCAGCACUGAUGUCCAGACUUCCAUAGGUCAGUGAUUGUUCCUCCAGCUACAGAAGAGAGACCCUCCCUAACCCUGGAUGCUCCUCCUUUUAUUCCUAUGUUCUCUUUAUUCUAUGAUGAUGUCAAAGGACCUUCAAUCGCUCACUCUGGAUCUUAAUGAUAAAUGAUUUGUUACUUGGCAAAAAUAAACGUCUUGUUCUUUGUCCUCAGUCUCUGGCUCACACUCAGGACUUUGGCUUUAGUGAGUCCGUGUUGGCCGGGCACAAAAGUAUCGUAGACACUCUGAAGUGCGGUUUUGAAAAUUAUUUUUUAAAUACUCUAAUAUUUAAUAUUUCUGACUUUUUCAUCAAACUAUA